AUGAUGUGUGAGGUUUUUGCAAAUGCAAUUUUAAAAGUAAUGAACUCCGGCGCUAAAAUUAAAUUACCAGCUGUUUAAUUUAAAAUUAAAUAUAUGUUAUUUAUAUUAUAACAAAGAUUAAAAACGUUUGUAGGCAAUAUUUAGAUAAUAUCCGCCAGGUCUAUUAGGUUUUUAAUAUCAUCAAUGGCUUUAAUUAUAGGAAGUUAUUUGAUAGAACGUGGCCUGGCGACGACAGCGCUCCUAGCGGCUGGGUAUCAGUUGGAUUCGAAUGUUAACAGUGGCCGUGUUGGUCAGAAACGCAUCCUGAUGGCGGUACUUAAAACUUGAGAGUAUCAACUGACGUUUGUCGAUAUUUUGAUAGUUCGGUUUUCUCCGAUUUUCGCCUGUUCGGUAGUUCGAUGAAGAACGAAGGCUGAACAUUUCAAUAGUCGCUGAAUACUUCUACGUUGUCGUCAGUGUGUGAUGACAUUUAAGAAUCAGCAAAUCACAGGGCUCUUCGGACCCGGUUAGGAGAGGCUGCGCUAUGUCCAGUGGGAGAGGCUUAGGAGCAGGGCAGACCUCGAAGGUCGAUCCCGAGCUGAUCUUCACGAAACAAGAGAAGAUUGGAAAGGGAUCAUUCGGUGAAGUAUUCAAAGGAGUAGAUAAUAGGACUCAAGAGGUUGUUGCCAUCAAGAUCAUAGACCUAGAUGAGGCCGAAGAUGAGAUCGAAGACAUCCAACAAGAGAUCAUGGUUCUCUCUCAAUGCGAUUCUCCUCAUGUCACCAAGUACUUCGGUUCCUAUCUUAAGGGCUCUAAGCUAUGGAUCAUCAUGGAGUACUUGGGUGGAGGAUCCGCCCUAGAUUUAAUGAAAGCUGGUAACUUCGAAGAGAUGCAUAUUGCAGUCAUUCUCAGGGAAGUUUUGAAAGGUCUUGAUUACCUCCAUUCUGAACGAAAACUACAUCGAGAUAUUAAGGCUGCCAAUGUGCUACUGAGUGAGAUGGGAGAUGUGAAACUCGCUGAUUUUGGUGUCGCUGGCCAAUUGACGAAUACUACUAGCAAACGAAAUACAUUUGUCGGAACUCCCUUUUGGAUGGCCCCUGAAGUUAUUAAGCAAUCUGCAUAUGAUUCGAAGGCUGACAUUUGGUCUUUGGGUAUAACUGCAAUUGAACUUGCCAAAGGCGAACCUCCCAACUCAGAACUUCAUCCAAUGAGAGUGCUAUUUCUUAUUCCAAAGAACAAUCCACCUCAGUUAACAGGAAAUUACACCAAGCAGUUUAAGGAGUUUGUAGAGUCCUGUCUGAAUAAAGAUCCAGAAAAUAGACCUACUGCUAAGGAACUUUUGAAGUUUCCAUUCAUCAGGAAAGCUAAGAAGAACUCUUACUUAAUUGAUCUGAUCGAUAGGUAUAAGAAAUGGAAAGCUCAACGGAAUGAUGAAAGUGAAACUGAAUCAGAUAAUUCCGAUCAAGAGGAUGGUGGAGGAAAAGGCGGCAGUGGUUGUGAAAUGGAUGAACCUUGGAUAAUGACUGUUAAGAGUCCCCAUGGAUUAAAGGGAUUACAAACUGCGGUCGAAGAGCAACCGCGCUUGCCACCUGUUACCAGGCAUCCAUCUCACAAUGGUCAUUAUCACAAGGAAAAACAUGAGAAUCGUGUAAGUGAAAGCAGUCAGAAAAGUCCUGAGAAAACACCUUCCAUGAAGGAAGUAAAGCAGCAGCAGCCAUUGCAACCGGUUAAGCAAGAAAUAAAAUCUCCCACUCUUAGUCUCCUUAUACACCCACUACUUGGAGAGCUAAAAAGGAAUCAUUAUCGAGAAGAUAGUGGUGAGAAAUGUGAAAUUGAUGAACUUACAAAGGCGUUCGAAGUGGCAGAAAGGUCCAGUCCUGGUAUAUCUCGUCUGUUUGUUAGGCAGCUCAUUGUACGGCUACUCCCGUCUGCUGAGACAACUACCCUUAUGGCUAAUUUACUCAGGGAUUCAUCAUAGUUGGAACCCAGGGGAGAUGAGUAAUUGAAAGUGUCUACAUCCUGUAGAUAGAAAUUAUAUCAAGUGAUCAUAUAAUAGUGGCCAGCUUGAUAUUGCGUUUGAGUAGUAGUGAUGACUUUAGACGUAUGGUGUAAAUAGUAAUAGAGGUGUCCUUCUUCAGAAGGUUCUCUCUGCUCACAACCCUUAUUUAUUUAAAUAAAUAUAUGAUGUAAUUUUUAAAUAAGUUCUCAUUGUACUAAAGAGACAAUACUUGUGUAAGUAAUAAUAGACAAAAUGUAAAACACCCGCUGGAACAUUAUUUGUUACUUUUAUUGUUUCAAUUUUGAUAUAUCGAUUUUGUUCUUCGACCAUUUUAAAUACUAAAACUGUAAAAUAUGUUUCUAUUUAUAAAUAUUUUAGAUCAUCCCAAAUCAAGAAACCUUUUUUCUUCAGCAUAUAUAAAUAUAUAUUAUAUAAAAUAAAAAGUAUAUAUCUUUUUAUAAGAAUGUAAGUAUCAAUAUUUAGUAUAUUUGUAAAUAAAGGUAAUAUAGAUAUAUAAAGUUUAUAUUACAGGAGAAUACUUACGGCCUUACUCGUUGAACAGUUGUGAGUCUGGAUAUUUUUAAAGUUGAAUGGAGUAACAUUGACUACCAACUAAGUAGAUCAUUAUAGCAGAGUUGUAAAUUUUAAUUUUAGCCAUAGUUAUUACUAUACUAAUAGUCAUUAGAAAGGGAUUUAGGUUAGUUAACAGAAGUAGGAGGAAAAACAAUGGUUACGAUAUGUAACUAUGAAAUAUUUUAUGUGAUAAAUUUUAGAAAGAUGAUGCAAUAAAAAAUUAGCAUUAGUUCAAGUGAACGGAGACAGUAGUGGUAAAGUGAUCCCUUUUUGUUUAAUGCUUCGUACCAUGUAUUUUUACACCUCAUGUGAUUGGUCUAUUUUUAAUUAUAAAUUUUUAAAUGUACAUUAAUAGGUAGGUAGGUUAUUUUUUUCUCUAAAUUUUAAUGUUAUCGACAAUAUAAUUAGUAUUAACUCAAAACUUAUUUAUGUAUAAAAUCAUUUGUAAAUUAAUGUUUGUAAUUAGAUUCCUAUUAUCUCCUCUUGUAAAUUAUAUAUUUACAUUGAAUAUUUUUUAAUUAAUUAAAUCUACUCGCUUAAAAGUCAGCAAAAUUAUUAACUCUAUAGGUGUAUUUGGCAUUGUUCCUGUAGUAACCACAAAAUAUAUAAUAUAUAUGUAUUUCUAUCUUACUCUUAUCAUACACUGUUAUAGAUAUGUUUACCUAUUGCACUGUGAAACAUAUGCUAUUUAAAAAAAAGAUAUCUUUUUAUUAUAAUUAUGAUUGUGAUGGUAUUGAUUUGUGAUGGGAAAAAACAAAACAAAUUCUGAUACCACAAACCUCCUACUUCUUAAAAUUUUAAUUUUUUUGUGACUUUUUUUAUUAUUAAAAAAAAAACUGUUCAUCAAGUCUGCAUUCAAACUGUCCACCUUUUGGCCUGAAAUGUGUUUUGAAAAAGUGUAUUUUUUUAGAAUUGCUGUACAUAAAUAAUUAUUUAAAAAUAUAUAGCUACGGAAAUAUAUAUAUUAUUGAAAGAAGUAUAUUUACCUAUAUGUUUGGGUUCGGUGGUUUGUUAAAGUUAAGAAUCGGUGUACAAGACAUGUUUCUUUGUGUAUAUAAUUAUAUAUAAAAUAAAUAUAAAUUCGUGUGAGGCUAAGAAACGAAUCCAACUGGUGUUUAUAUUGUUGUUGUUUGUAAAUUGAGAAAAGAGACAUUAUUUUUGUGUUGAUAGAGUCCAGAGUUUUAUUUACAGAAGUUGUAGGUCAGGGUGAAUGAAAAAGUAAGUACAAAUAAUUCUACAUUCACAUAAAAUUAUUUUAAAAAGAGAGAAGAAAGAAAAGUUAAAAUUGUUUCAAUCAAUUGCAGUAUCACAUAAAGUAAAAAAAAGUUUAUACAACUUAAUCAACCUGUGAGUGAAUAUAUAUUUAUUACAAUACCACUAUGUUUGUAUAAGGUUAUGUGACCAGUAUUAAAUGACAAUAUAUAACUGGUUCAUUACAAUUAAAAUAAGUGCCAACGAAUCAAUUUUAUUGAUUUUGACACUUAACUGUUUCAUGAGUUUUAAGGUUUUUCAUUUUCUUUGCUGAAUUUCUUGUUUGUCAAAUUUGGUGACAUGAUACACCACCGUUAUAUAUUGUUCAAAAUCAAAGUAUAUUUUGAAGAAAAUAAUAAAAUAUUCUAUAAAAUGUACAAAAUUCUACAAAUAAACCAUAAUAAAUUUGUUUUAUUUUAACAUUAA